GUUUGAUGCCCUUUUUGGGACACAUCGCCAUUGCUUCAUUUCCACAAGUUUCUUCUGCAAAUUCUUGUAUUUUCUUUGAAGAAAAAGCCAUUUUUGGUGCCCAAAACAUCACGUGAACUGCUCUAAAGUACCUUUUGCACCUACAGGAUACCAUGACGCGUGGAAAUCAGCGUGAUUUGGCCCGUGCCAAGAAUCUCAAAAAGCAGGCUGACAAGCAAAAAGGUAAAAAGGACGAAAGUGGUUUGUCGUUGGAGCAACGAAAACAGAGGGAUGCUGACGUGAUGCGAGAGAAGCAAAAGAAGAAGGAAGCUGCACAGGGACAAGCAUCGGGGAGUAGAUAAAUAAAAUGGGGUCACGGUGCCCACAAAGUCUAUCUCCCCGGAGGCAUUACAACUAUAUAUUGAGCAAACGCAUAACCAGCUUUUCGCAGAUUUUCCACACCCACGCACGUAAACGGAACACCUAAACGCAGAUGCCGACAGAGCGAGAAAUGGUGUGAAUAAAAUGGAUUUUAUUACCGGAAAAA